ACGUUAAAUAUUUAUACAAGUGCGCGUCGGAAACAAUAGCGCGUGUCUUUCUUGAUUGAAUAAAUAGACGUGAACUAAAUGUACAAGGAUUGAAGCAGUCAUUGUGGCAGCCACGAGUAUGGCUGCGUGUCUGGCGAUUGCCGGUGGUGAUACCACCAAUUAAACCAGAUUUUCUCCAAAUAAUAAAAUUAUAUCACAGUGCAUCAUGAAGAUAUUAGUGAUUAUUUCAUCUAUACUAAUAGCGCAGACCUCUGCGUCAUUCUUCGAUGUAUUUCAAGGCGCGGUACUUACUGUCCAGAAUAGUUUUGGAAAAAUGAUAAGUGACGUAGUAUCAGAUGUCAAGGAAACUGUGGACUGCACUAUAUUGGCGGUGGAACACGCUCUAGCCCUGAGUGAAGACGCAGCGUUACGGUAUUAUGAAAAGUGUGGAAACACUAUCAAUAAUACCGUUACUGUUACCGAAACCCGACAUAUCGAAUCUUCACCUCAGGUUGACGUAUCACCACAAUACCCAAGUGAUGACUACUUAAAGAAGGAAAUACCUGCGGUAAUAGACGCUAAAAUCAACGAAACCCUAACGAAAAUGCUAGGCAAUUAUAAUCCUAGUGAAAAACUACGAGAUGUAGAGAGCGUGCUGGUCAAAGAAACGGAACAGUUGGCUAAUGUCAGUGAUUUAGUAAGAAAAGAACUGAAAAAGGUUGAAAGCGAAGUGAAAAGUGAUUUAAAGAAUUUGACUCAUUUGCAUCCAGAACCUUUACCAUCAGUUGACAGCAUUAUGCAGGAAAUAAAACUUUUAGAAAAUAAAGAACAAAGUGCUGUGAAUAAUUCACAAGCCACGGAAAUUCAUCGAGUGAUUGAUGAGGUGUUGGUCAGGUUAGAUAACAUCGAAGCGACUGAAUCAACUGAGAAUGUUAAACUAGAGCGCAUAUUGAAAGAUCUAGAACAAAAUUCUAACAGUUCGUUUAUAGACCUGAGGCAGCAACUUGAAUCAUGGAAGGCGGAAGAGUCUAGGCAUAUAGAUGACAUUCAAACUAAGAUACUAGAGCAUGAAAGAAAUGCUCAUCCGGAAACUCACAACAAUACAUUCAAACUCUUACCGCCGGGUCCAUAUGACAGUGAUAUUAGACAAAUGAAUGUAAAAGAAGUUAACAUAACCUCCACUAAAAGAAUGUCUAAUGUUUCUAGGGAUAUAUCGUCCUUUGAAACAAGUGUUAAUGCUAAAAAUGAGCAGUCGCAUACUUUGACUUUGACAAAACCGAAGGCCAAUAAUACGCCUGGAAAUCUAAGUGGGGUGUCAUCAACAAGUACCUCAUUAAAGAUAUCGCAAACUACUCCGGACGUGUCAAAUGAUAGCGAUUUGAAAAUAACUGUUAUAUCAAGUAAGUCAUAUUCGGUCUCAAAAAGCGUGUCCAUCAGGGGAAAAGUACCGCCAGCUGAUAGUACUACAUCUAACAACCAGAGAUCAGUCCAUUUGACAACAGAUCAAACUCCUACUACUAUACGUCUUGGUAAUACAGACCACAAUCUGAGAACUAUUUUUUUUGGCUCAACAACUGAAAGUACUCCAGUAAGUGAUCUUACUAUAUCCAGUACUGAUAUGCCUAUUCGAGAAGAUAAUACCAAAAUUGUUUCUAACGAAGAACCUAGUACUACUACGAGCAUUCCAAAUGAAACUGCAAAAACGUAUGAAUUUGAUUCCACUACAGAACAUGCCGAAGUCACUGAAAUCGAAGCUUUUACCAGCAGUUUAAGUGAUUCCACUACGACUAGUUCAUAUUUAGUAACAGAACAGAGUUUAAGUACUGAAGCUAUUUCGAUGACAGGUCAAAAAGAAAUAAGUGAUAUUAAGGAAGAACCGACGACUAUUGAAUUCGAAACAGCUAUUUCUGACACGACUACACAACGAUUCACUGAAACCGAAAAUAAUCCUGAUGAUAUUUUAACUACCACUGGAAAAGAAGAAUCCUUGACAUUAGCAUCAGAAACGACUACUUCUUUACCUGUUAAUCAGCAUAGCAUUGAUGACAAUGAAAGAACUAUUACAACAGAUACUCCUAUAGCGGAAUCCACUGUGAGUGAAACUAGGACAACAAAUUCACACACAGCUCGACCACCAUCUACAUCAAAUGCUUUGGAUAACCAUAAUGUUCAAACUACGACAUCCAACGUAAAUAAAGAUUCAUUCUCUGAAACAAGUACUGAACAUGGUAUCAAAUCUUAUGAAGUACUGACAACUGGCAUUAAUAAUGAUAUUGCAUCGACUACUUCCCUGGAUUUGAUGACGGUGAAACCUUCAGAAGGUUAUACUGAACAGAGCACAACGUUACAUGUAGAAGAAACAACACCUAGUGUAACAAUAUUGAACAGUGAAUAUAUAAAUACAGUAAUAUCUGCAACAGCGGACUUGACCACUGAAGUUGUAUCUGAAAGUACUACUGAACAGCGCACAAGUACAACAUUACAUGGAGAAGAAAUAACAACGGCUUUAAUACCAGUAACAACGAUGAACCCCGAUUCGAUAGAUGUGACUCCUGAAAUUAAUAAUGAUCAAAUAUCUGAUGUCGGCGUGGAAACAACUACUGAUAUUACUUUGACAACUCUCAACUCAGAACUAACUACGGACAAUCACGGAUACAACACUGAACAAAGUACCACACCGCAAGCGAAAGAGGUAUCCUCUGUUACUACUGUUAAUGUGGAAACAACCACCGAUUUUAGUACAAAUAGUACUGAAACUAGUGCGGCUAAAAUAACUCCCUCUGGUGAAGAAAAACCUGUUGAAACUGAGACAUUCAGUACGACUCCUUCGAAUACAAAGGGUCCAGACCUCAAUAAUGCACAUACUACAAUGUCAGACGAGACGGAAACUAGUGAAAACCAUAUUUCCACCACAAUAUCAACACAACUAGAUUUGACCACAGAAACCGUUUCAGAAACAUCUACUCAAAUAAGUGCAACUACUGAAGCGAAUCUGACGACAAAUAAAGACAUUGAAACAACUACUGAAAGUGAUGUAGUCACUGAGAAUUCUUCUGAAAGGCAUAUUGAACAACGCACAACGACUCAGGAAGAUGUUUUAACCGAUGUUAACGAUAUUCCUACCGUGACAACACCAAAUCUGGAGACAACAGUAGCAGCCACUACAGAAACUGUCGCUCAUCGGAGUUCAAAUAACGAAGCAGAACCGACUAUAAAUGUCAAGGUUGAAACAACUACUCAUAGUGAUGUAGACACUGAAAGUCCCACUGAAAAUCAUAAUGAACAAAAAACAACGCCUUAUGAAGAAGUAACAACUAGUGUAAACGAUGUUUCUUCUGUAAUUACAUCAAAAUCCGAUGACACACUAGGACCCGUUACAGAAACGAUUAAUGAACAAAGUACCAUUAAGGAAGCAGAACCGACUACGAAUGUUAACAUUGAUACAACCUCUCAUAGUGACGUAGAUACUGAAAGUCCCACUGAACAUCAUAUUGAACAAAGCACAACACCUAACGAAGAAGUAGCAACCAUCGUUAGCGAUAUUUCUGUUGUAACAACACCGAAACCUCAGACAACCACAGAAGCUUUAACCGAAGCUAUUCUCCAACAAAGUACAACAAACGAAGCAGAGCUAGCAACAAAUGUAAACUUUGCAACAACUAUCGAAAAUUAUAUGGUCACUGAGAACACUUUUGACAACCAUAAUGUACCAAGCACAACGCCUUUUAAACAAGUAACAACCAGCGUAAAUGAUAUUUCUACUGGAACAACACUACAACUUGAGACAACCACAGAAUCUAUUCCUCAAGAAACUACAACGGCAUACGAAGAAGUAACGACGGAAAGUCCUGAAAAGACCAAUAAUAUAAGUACAACAUUACAUGCUGAAGAAGUGACCACCGUUGAACCUAUAACAACAGCUACAUCUGAUUUGACCACGGAAUACAAUUCUCAAACACAUACUGAAAGUAAUACGGCACAAAAUCAUAACUUGAAUGAAGACGUAGCCAGUGAUCGAACUACUGCAGCAGAUACCAUUACAGAACACCAAGCAAAUCACGUACAUAUCAAAACAUCCACUAAUGAUGGGACAUCGGAAGACUUGACCACGGUUAAGCCGACUACUGAAAAUGCCUCAACUCACGAAUUUAGUGAUGCGCCGAUAGCAACAACUUCAAAUGCGAUCAUCGAAAGCACUACAGAAAGUCAAAUUAUUCAAACUCAUGAUUACGAUUCGGAAAGUCUAUAUGCAGCAACAGGAUUCAGUGAACAUACGACCACAUCAAUUCCCGAUAUCAUUACAACAAGCAUUCCAUUAACAACUACUGAAAGCCCAUAUGAAAGUAAAGAUUACGAUUUACCAAGAACUUCAACUCGAAGCUCUAGGCGAACAAGGAAACGUAACUCAACGAGAUCUGGUAGAAGACGUAAUGCUACAUCAAUCGCUACAGAAAUACCUAUCACUCCUACAAUCCAACCACCAAUACCGAUUGCCCUUCAGAUAUUACCUAUAACUGAUGAUCACGUGCAUUCCAAUCCACAUAUUCUAUUAGAGAACAGUUAUGUGCCUCAUCAAGAAAUGCGUUUGCCUGCAAGACGGAUUAAACGUCCCGUUUUAAGCGAGGCUCAUGUUGUAAAUACACAUGAGAUUGAAUUAUCCAACCACAAAAUAGAAGAAACAGAUGGAACAAUAAACUACCCAAGUUUAUUCACUGACAAUAACGACGAUUCAAGAAAACUUCACGAACUAAACGAAGCUCCCAAGGCCAUUGAACAUCGCCGCAUCAAUAGAGAUACACUAUACACUAAUCCUGAUAAUGUUCAUGAACCAACCACACCUAGACAACAACGAUUAAGACGUAACAGGAACAGACGCCUAGAUCAGACGACUGAAUCUUCAAAACCUGUUAGAGAAAUUACGACUGAUUUGAUAAACCCUGCAAAUAGAAGAAGAGGUAAUCGUAGAAGAGCAAAUCGCCAAAGUAAUGAACAGAAUGAGAGCGCGUACAGAUCAACUGCAACUACAUCUAAACCAGUGCAACAUAAAAAUAACUAUGACAUUUCACCUGCGGAUUACGAUGCUCUCUUCAACAUCCCGCCAAGGAACUCUGAAGCUCAUGUUCAGAAUGUAGCACGGGCUCACGAGCUCAUAGCAAACAGCAAACGCAACGAACUUAUCAUUAAUAGUAUUCUUCAACAUAAAAAACUGAACGGCGCGAGAAACCUUUUUGAUGUACUCGGCUGAAAUGGAAAUUGUGUACCUUUUUUUAAUAAAUCUGACGUGCAAUUACUGUCGA